GCAUCUAUCUACGAAUAUGUCUUCAUUACAUAUCUGGUAUUGCGUCACUGUGAAGUGUGAAGCCUGCAACAUGUUAUUGCUUUAUAUGUAACAUUGUGUUGUAUGUAGAUAACACUUUCAGCGCAUAAUGGCUCACAUUCUAACAGGAGAUGAUACAAUCACUAUGUCAGUAAAAUUUUUACUAAAAGAUAUACCAGAUAAAUUGUCUGUAUCAGAAUCCCAGAUAAGGAUGGCUCUGAGACAGAAGAAGUAUGUUGCAAAGUGGAUUUUGUUAAACUUUAUGGACUCUAACACAGCACUAGUAUCUGUACGCGUUCCGAGGAAAUCAAAGAACAUAGACUUUACAAUAAAUGUUCAAGGUCACACUGUGAAGGCUAUUAAAUUGUCCAGUGUCGAAGAGGAGGAAUUCGAACUGGCGCUAAAUUCACCGUCAGCAAAAAUGUUUUCCUCUAUUUCCACAUUGAGACAAGUCGUAGAAGAAGCCAUGACAGAGAUGAAGCAAGUGGAAAAAUGCAACAUGUUUCAGGGUAGGAUAGGAGAUAUUAAGUACGAUUUACAGAAGAGUACUUCCAAAAGUUACGAAAUCUACCCAUUUGGCUCAAGGGUUGCCGGAUUGGGUUUCAAACAUAGCGAUUAUGAUGUAUUUAUAGAUAUGGGUGGAUAUUAUAGAGGAGGAGGGUGAGACAAAUCGAAGCAAUUCCGUACAGUACAUUAGAGACCUCAUUCGGCAAGUUAAAACCUUUACAGAACCAAUUUUAAUUCCACGUGCAAGAGUGCCAGUAUUGAAAGUUAAACAUCGAACUACAGGAAUACAGUGUGAUAUUUCUACAU